GGCGGCGCGGGCGAAGGCGGCGACCCAGACAUCUGGGACUGUUGUUGUUCUCUCGCCUCACGCCCGCCUCGGUUCCAGCGAGCGGAGAUCCGGAGCGGGGCUGCCGGGAGGCGGGCGGUCGUCUCCGCCCUCCCUCUCGGGUCUCCCGAAGCUGCGGCAGGGGCUGGCGCUCGCCGACCGCCUCGCGGCUCGCCUCCGAUGCCCGUCGGCAGGGCGGGGUCGUCUGGACCCUGGUGAGCGCACCCCGAGCCCCCCGCCUCGGUGUCUUCGCCCGCCCCUCGGGCCCGCACACCCGCGUGUCUGCCAUGGCUGAGAACGCAGAAGAUGACCUGAACUCUAAUCUGCUCCACGGCCCCUACCUCACCGGGGACCCGCAGCUUGACACGGCCGUCGGGCAGUGGCUGCGUUGGGACAAGAAUCCCAAAACAAAAGAGCAGAUUGAAAAUCUCUUGCGGAAUGGGAUGAACAAGGAAUUGCGUGAUCGUCUUUGUUGCCGGAUGACUUUUGGGACUGCAGGCCUUCGAUCUGCCAUGGGGGCAGGAUUUUGCUAUAUUAAUGACCUUACAGUAAUACAGUCAACACAGGGGAUGUACAAAUACCUGGAGAGAUGUUUUUCAGACUUCAAACAGAGAGGUUUUGUUGUUGGCUAUGACACUCGGGGUCAAGUAACUAGCAGCUGCAGCAGCCAGAGGCUCGCUAAACUCACUGCUGCAGUGUUGCUGGCUAAGGAUGUUCCUGUUUACCUUUUUUCAAGAUACGUGCCUACACCUUUCGUCCCAUAUGCAGUCCAGGAGCUCAAAGCAGUCGCAGGAGUGAUGAUUACUGCAUCUCACAACCGCAAAGAGGACAAUGGAUACAAAGUUUAUUGGGAGACUGGUGCUCAAAUCACAUCUCCACAUGAUAAAGAAAUUCUGAAAUGUAUAGAAGAGUGUGUGGAACCCUGGAAUGGUUCUUGGAAUGAUAAUUUAGUGGACACCAGCCCACUGAAGAAAGAUCCUCUGCAGGACAUUUGCAAGAAAUACAUGGAAGAUCUGAAAAAGAUCUGUUUUCACAGGGACUUAAAUUCAAAGACCACCUUGAAAUUUGUACAUACCUCCUUUCAUGGAGUUGGACAUGACUACGUGCAGUUGGCUUUUCAAGCAUUUGGUUUUAAGCCUCCAAUUCCAGUUCCAGAACAGAAAGAUCCAGACCCAGACUUUUCUACUGUUAAAUGCCCAAACCCUGAGGAAGGAGAAUCUGUGCUGGAACUGUCCCUGAGACUGGCAGAGAAAGAAAAUGCCCGGAUAGUGCUAGCCACAGAUCCUGAUGCAGACCGGCUGGCAGUCGCAGAACGUCAGGAGAACGGUCACUGGAAAGUUUUCACGGGAAAUGAGUUGGCGGCUUUGUUUGGGUGGUGGAUGUUUGAUUGCUGGAAGCAGAACAAAUCAAAUGCUGAUGUGAAGAAUGUUUACAUGCUAGCCACCACUGUCUCUUCUAAAAUUUUAAAGGCAAUUGCACUUAAAGAAGGAUUUCAUUUUGAAGAAACUUUACCAGGCUUUAAAUGGAUUGGAAGUAGGAUAAAAGACCUCCUAGGGCAUGGAAAGGAAGUUCUUUUUGCAUUUGAAGAGUCUAUUGGCUUUCUGUGUGGAACCUCUGUGUUGGAUAAAGAUGGAGUGAGUGCAGCUGUUGUUGUUGCUGAAAUGGCCUCUUUCCUGGAAACCAGGAAGGUAACACUGACGGAGCAACUGAUGAAAGUUUAUGAGAAAUACGGUUAUCACAUGUCAAAAACUUCCUAUUUCUUGUGCUAUGAUCCACCUACCAUCAAAACUAUAUUUGAAAGGAUUCGCAAUUUUGAGUCUCCAAAGGAAUAUCCAAAGUUUUGUGGGGCAUUUGCUAUCUUGCAUGUGCGGGAUAUAACCACUGGGUAUGACAGCAGCCAGCCCAAUAAGAAAUCAGUACUGCCUGUGAGUAAAAACAGCCAAAUGAUUACAUUCACUUUUCAAAAUGGCUGUGUUGCUACUCUUCGAACAAGUGGGACAGAACCAAAGAUAAAGUAUUAUGCAGAGAUGUGUGCAUCACCUGGCCAGAGUGACACUACCUUACUGGAAGAAGAAUUAAAGAAGCUCAUUGAUGCUCUGAUAGAGAAUUUUCUUGAGCCCAGUAAGAAUGGACUGAUCUGGCGUUCUGUGUAGGGCAUAUCAGUAUGUUACCACUUCGCCUUGGCAUAUGGAAUGAAACAUCCAAGAACUCGAUACAGUGAACCUUGUGUUGAAAUUCUCUCAUCUGCCAAGUUAUCUUUUCCCUUUUCUUUCCUGUGUUCAGCUAAAUAGAUUAUAUACAUUUGAAAUGAAAAUGUUUGGAGGGAUAUGUGUCAAAUAUUUUCAUGAUCUUAAAUGACAGUCAUUACAUUGAAAGUGUUCCAGUGGCACGCCAUUUCUCCCAUAUUACAAACAAUCCAAAAGUGAGUUUUCUUAUUGAACUGUGGCUAAGCUUAGUUACAUAUCUUGUCAUUGUGUAUAGCAUGGUUUAAAAGAAGUUAAACAUUAUAUAACUGUAGGGUUAGUUAAGGAAAUUAUUUCUUAAAGUUGUAUGUGUGGCUGGGGGUACUGUUCCUGACUAGUGUGGAAAAGUGUUGUUGUUAUGUUGUAGGUAUUGAUUUUUCAAAUUAGAAACCCAGCUUGGUGGCACAUUCCUGUAUUUACAGCCCUCAGGAAGCUGAGACAGGAGAAUCAUUAGUUAAUUUAUAGCCAGCUUGGGCUGCAUAGUAAGACUCUGUCUCAAAAAAAAAAAAAAAUGUUUCUAGGUUAUUUAGAUUUUCUGAUUUAGGACAGAUGUUACAGUCUGUGGUGUUUGCACCUCGUUUUGGGUGCCCUUGGUGUGGUGUAUAUUUACCGUAUGUAUUUAAGACUGAUGUUUACUGAACAUAAAACAAUAGUGGCAGCACUCCUAGUGGUUUUGUUCUUGUCCAAUUUUUCAAUCCAUUCUCAGGGUCUAGCAUGAACUGAAAUGAUAUUCCUGCAUUGAAUAUAAUUUCAUCAGUCCAUUUUCAGAUAGUUAAGGAAAAUCUUCUAACCUAUAUAGGUGCUUUCUCUAUAGAAAACAGAUUUGUCAGCUCUAAAAAUGGUUGUAGAAAAAGAUCUUAAUAAAAUCUGGCUUGAUGUAACUGUAAUUGAGUCUUCAUGCUAGGAUUCAGAUAUUAUAAACUAUAAGAGAAAAUAAUCUGUACUGUGGAAUGAGUAUGAAAUUUAUUUGACAGUCUUUGAAUUUACAUUUUUACAAUUAUAUUUAUUUUAUCUGAUAAAGUAAUGCUAACUUUAUUAAGAAAUGAAACAUCAAGAUUUAAAUAUUUUCCAAAGCUAUACCACCUUGAUUCAAUACCCAGCCUCAUUUUACCUCAGAAGCUAUACAAGGCUAAGUUUGGUUGGUGCUUGGGUAGGAAGUUUGAAACACUGAAACUGAUGUUUAAAACUAAGAAUUUAUUUAAUGUAUUGCUGACUUUGGAAUUUCUGAUCAUAAAUAUCAUAAAUAUUCUUCAUUUUUUAUCAAUAUGAAAAUAGUUUUCAGGAAAGUCAUUUAUGGUUGAUUCUCUAGCCUUCUGAAAAGCCCUAAUAGAGAAAUAUUGUCUAAGCUUUUCAAAUUGUAUAUUUCUCUACAUAGUUUACAGAAUACACAGUAUAGUUAGGAUAACAGUUACGAGGCCUUGGGGUAUAAGCAUUUAAGAAAAGUUGCCUAUAGAAGACAGCACUGAUGUUAGAUAAUUUAUUUCCUAAAACUAAUAAUAUAAAGCCUAAACUGAUUAGAAUGUUUAUUAAAUCAUAGUUUGGUUUGGUGGAGCUUUCAGCUAAUUUUGGUUGAGCUCAUAUAAUCCAAACACAGUUUUUAUAUUGUUGCCACUAUUGCUAUGUUCCUUCUCUGCUGUCUCAGAGCAGGGUCCUGUAUUAUGGCUGUAGAUGAUAGAUAGUUAAUAUACAGUGCCAUUUUUCUGUAUGAGUUUACGUUAAAGGCUUUGCACUAGAGAAGUGGUGUAUAGAAUUUUUGUUUUGUUUUUAAAUGUAUAAAACAUUUUAUUGGCUUUUAGGAGUGUAAAUUUAGGAAAUGGCAUGUAUUCAACAAAGUGGCAUAAUCAAAGCUGUAUAUGGAAAAAAAUGCAUAUUCGGUUUUAGUGUCUGUGUCCCAGUGGCCCAAGAACAAAAUGAAACUGAAGUGAUGUGACAGCCUACUUAUAACCAAAAAAAAAAAAAAAAAAAAAAAAAA